AUGCCACUGAAAUGGGUUUUGCAUUGGCAGCCCAAUGCAGGGACGACAGUAAACAGCCAAAUCAUCAACGAAGUGACGCAGUGCGUUGAGAGCAUCAAUGGCGUUAAGGAAGGCAGGUGGAAAGCCACUAUCACCUUCUACAAACCCAUGAUUCGAGAGCAGACUUUAGCAUGGGACUUCCCGCGUGAUUUUCUGGGGAUUGCGCUGCCGGAGCAACCGAAUAAGUACUACCUUAUAAUCCGAUUGCAGCGCAUAGUUCUUGAGGCUGAUUCAUCUAUUCAGAUGAUUAUGGAGAAAUUACAGUCUUACAAAUCGAGGCUCUCUCUUAAUUUUGAGGGAUUUCAAUAUCAACUUGGGGACUUCCAAUUGAGAGUGGGGAAAGUUCUUCCCACUCAUUCUGAAAAUUUGAGAGGAAUAGUUAUGGAGGUGGAGUACCUUCCCAUUUCUUCGAUGGAAAAAGCAAGGCAAGUCAUGGAAGACUUUAUGGAUAUAUGGCAACAGGCUUUGUCAAAAAGAUCAUUACCAGGGCACUUCAUGCACAUGGAACCAAACUUUGCUGAGUAUGGCCUUGCAGACCAGUAUACUUCACAACAUACUGCUGUCCAGUAUGCUACUGUUAUGGCUCAACUAAUUGCAACAGUGCAGGCAGUGCAAGCAAGAAAUUAG